GAAAGGUGUUUGAAAAAUGCUGACAUCCUUAGCCUGGGGUGCAUGCCUCUCUUUUGUUUACAUUGAGAAUAGCGAUGUGACGAUGUACCUGUAAAAUGAACAGCCUUCCUCUUUAAGAUUUGAUCCAUUAUAAGAGAGAGGAAAUUUCCACAAUCCAGACAGAUGAUGAUCAAUUGAUAUCCCAACCCUGAGUUACACCAGACGUUUAAGCAGCGGAAAGAAUGUCGGCGCGGGCCGCGGCUGACGUCAGAGGGGAGCAGCGCAGAGCGGCGGCGGCCCAGGCAGCAGCAGCGGCGGCCCCGGCACGGCGGCGGAGGAGGAGGCGGCGGCGGCGAGAGCGGCCCCCCCGCCAGCACGGCCCCCGCCAGCGCCACCCCGCGGCCAUGGCGACCCUCGGGGAGCGCCGGUCCCUGCCCAGCCCGGAGGCGAUGCUGGGGCAGCCCUGGAGCCACUGGGUCGACGCCGCGAAACUUCACGGGAACGACGGGGCAGCCUUGGAAGAAAGUUUCAAGGAAUACGGGAAAAACCGCGAAGCGAUGCGACUCUGUAGAGAAGAUAUGCCAAUAUUUGGUCUUUGCCCAGCUCAUGAUGAUUUCUAUUUGGUGAUGUGUAACCACUGUAAUCAGGUCGUAAAACCACAGGCAUUUCAAUCACAUUAUGAAAGACGACACAGCUCCUCCAGCAAGCCGCCCUUGACCCCCACUUCCCCAAUAUUCUCCAUUUUUUCGUCUCUGUCUUCGAAAAGCAAAGGGAGCAGCGGAGGGGGGGGCAGUCGCUCAUCCAGCGGCGGAGGCACUGGCGCAUCUUCCUCAUCCAGUUCCAAGUUGUUGAAAUCACCCAAAGACAAGCUGCCCAUCAGUGGAAACAAUAGAUCAAUGCAUCUGGUACAACAUAGCAAAGUUCCCCACGACAAAAUCAUGACUGUCAAAGUGGAAAAAAUGCAUCCAAAGAUAGAUGGCGCACUAUUGAAACCUGCUGUUGGUCCAACCUGUUCUACUACUGUGAGCUCCUCAAUAAAACCUGGCCUUAAUUGUCCCUCAAUACCAAAGCCACCCUUGCCUUCCCCUGGACAGAUACUGAAUGGUAAAGGUCUCCUCCCUGUGCCUCUGUAUUCAGAAAAGAAGCAUGACGAGAGUACAAACAAUAGGAAAUUCUUACACAAAAGAUUGUCAGAGAGAGAAUUUGAUCCUGAUAUCUACUGUGGUGUCAUUGAUCUAGAAACCAAGAAGCCCUGUACGAGGUCUUUGACAUGCAAGACACAUUCCCUAACUCAACGGAGAGCUGUGCAGGGUCGAAAGAAGCGAUUUGAUCUGUUACUCGCCGAGCACAAAAGUAAAACCAGGGAAAAAGAACUCCUCCGCCAUUUGGAUCAUCAUCAGCAGACGCCCCCUCUCAGGGAACCAUAUCCCUCACCUUCGAGAACUUCCCAGGAGCUGCACCAAAAUUCUCAUGGAGUUAAUCCUACAGAAUCAAAGCCUUUAGCACCUAAUAAACCCAAACCUCACACCCCCAGUCUUACAAGGCCUCCAGGCUGUCCUCUGCAGCACAGCGGGAACGCCCCCAGUGAGUCUCCGUCAGUCCAUGAAUCUCCGCACACUCCCUUGCCCGCCAGCGAGCCAGCUUCUCGGUUAUCCAGCGACGAGGGAGACUGUGACGAAAAAGAGGAGCCUGUCGAAAAACUGGAUUGUCUUUAUUCCAAUCAUCAUCCUCAACCAGCUGCUUUUUGCACAUUUGGUAGUCGGCAAAUUAGAAGAGGUUACUACGUAUUUGAUAAGCGGUGGAAUCAUAUCCGAUGUGCACUUAAUGUUAUGGUGGAUAAGCAUCUGAACUCUCAGAUGUGGAAGAAAAUUCCUCCAGCGACAAGCAACACUGCAUCCGUACGUACUCCACAUCGGACGAGCUCAACGCCCGUGUCACAGUACAGCGCCAGCAUGACAGGUUUUCUCGUACCCCCCACAGCUGUGUCCUCGCCAGGGCUCGUGUCCCCUUCCUGUCUGUCUCUUAGCGGCAAAUCGGUACCCUCCCACGGGACAACACUAAAUGCCAACCCGGCUACUUUUGGUUCAGCAGAACCGGCCUGCAGUAUGCAAUUGAGACAAGUGUCUUCAUCCCCUUCAACACCUCCAGUGCUUUCCUCAGUACCGUCACCUCUGUCCAGCAGACCUCAGAAACUGAAAUCUAGCAAGUCUUUCAAGCCUAAGGAACCUUCUGCUAGCGGCGCCAACUGUAACAGCACCAGUAGCAACAGCAGUGGCGGGAGCUCAGGAAAGAAGCGUAAAAACAGUUCUGUGCUGCCAGCACCUUCUUCUCAUUCCACAGAGUCCGUUAAGAAAAACUGUGUGGUGAACUCUGGAAACUCUGGGGCUUCGUAUCACUCGUCUGUGAUGUCUUCAUCCCACAGUGUUGGCCUCAACUGUAUGACUAGCAAAGCUAACGCAGUUAGCCUCAAACACGACCAAUCAGGGAGGGGCCCUCCGACCGGGAGCCCUGCAGAAUCGAUAAAAAGAAUGAGCGUGAUGGUGAACAGCGGCGACUCCACUCUCUCGUUGGGGCCGUUCAUUCACCAGUCCAGCGAACUGACUGUGAACUCGCACGGCGGGUUUUCGCAUUCGCACACUUCCCUAGACAAAUUCAUAGGAAAGAAACGGAAGUGCUCGCCUGGUUCAAGCAGCAUAAACAGCAGCAGCAGCAAAGCAAACAAGGUUGCCAAAUUGCCACCGGUGAACAACAUUCACACGAAACACACCGGUGCAGUCCCAGGGACGCAAGGACUGAUGAACAAUUCGAUCCUCCAUCAGCCAAAGGCACGUCCCUAGCAGUUGACAGUACCACAGCAAGAGAAGAACUGGAUUAUUUUUUACUACAAGCGGGAGGGAAAAAUCUCUAUCUGGAAAUUCUGGACUCCACGAUGCCUUUUGAGUUCUCCCAGCUUCCCACAGUCCUCAGGUGUGGAAAUCUACUGGACUAUCACUCAAUCAAGGAGUAUCCCUGAAGCCAUGUCUGUAGCGGCGAAGCUUGGAAAACGGGACACUGGAUUGCUGUUCAGCCACAGGGUCAUUCCUAUCAGUGUUACCAGUGGUCUGGACUGCUUUUGCUACAUCGUCUUGCCACUAUUUGACGUAGAUCGGUUGGGCAAAAUAGCAUGUGGGAAAGAACGUUUACUGUGGACUCGUUCGUUUGUUCCCCCCCCCCCCCGGCAGUGUCGUAUCGGCUUUAAUUAAUUGCCACUGACACUGGCCAUUGGAGACCCUUCAAGAAGGGGGCACAAUGUGUUAGGCACAAUAAAAUAAAGAGAAGCCCCUCGAGAAGGGAAUACGGCUUUAGUGUUUUAUAGCAAUGUUCCUUGAUUUGGAAUACGAAAAAAAAAAUAGCACAAUUUAGAAAUAACGGUCUACGUUUUGCCCAGCCUUUUGCAAGAAAUUUGGGAUAAGAAGCUGUCAGGAGUACUUAAAAAAAAAAAAUGACCAUCUCACAGAAGAAAAUGCAUAUUUUAAAUGAAGAAAAAUUAGCCGGUACAAAAGAUUUAUGGGUAUCGUGCCCCAAGCACAAGGGCUGCUCAUCCUGUGUUUAUUUCAGUAGAGCUUGUAACUGAGUUGCAAUACAUGCCCUGAAAUACACACAGGUUUGCACAGUGACAGUGUUUGGAGAAAGGCGGUGCCUGCUGGGUUUUAAGGUAAAUUUGCUAAUUGUUAGGUUUGAAAAAGAAAAGAACCCCCAGAUGCAAAAUUCCCGCAUCUAAAAUGGUGAAUGACCUCUGAAACUAUCCCCAAAGAAGCGAGUUCUUGACCUAUACUGUAUGCCAUAAGCCUUUUGUUGUUUCGGGGAGGCGGCGGGGGGGGGGGGGGCGCCAAUUUAAGUUGGUUAUAACUUCCAAACCGGUUUUUUUUCUUAAAAAUAACUCUUAAAACUGAAUCUCAAAUAUUUAGAACCCUGAAUUUUCAGUGCUGUAUUCUGACUCUGCAGGAAGUUGAUGCCUUGUUCACACGACCAAAUUAGCACACACUUCGCCCCCCGAAGUCCACAUUCAUAUUUUAUUGAUGACUGCGUGAAGUGCCAGUUAAAAUUUUGAUCUCAGUGUUAAAUCUUCCCCUUGAUGUAUUGGUAUCCACAAGAUGUUCUUGUGAACAUAAGGGGAGUUUUAAACCUGCUAUUUCAUCUUACAUGGUUGCUUUUUCCUGUGAGAAUUAAAAAACAACAACCCUGGAAUUCCCCUCAAGGGCUUUAAAACAUUAUUUGUUCUGGUUUGUUAGAGUAGUGAAACACUACAUGGAAUCGUACCUGUUUUACAAUGUGGAAGGAAAAGAGAAUUUAAACCCUAAAUAAUAGGCAGGUCCACAAAAAUGACCAAGUCCUUUCCUAUCCGUUUUAAUGAGGCGCACGGAGGACUGGAUUUAGACACCAUUUUUCCCUCACAAUGACAGCUUGUGCCUGCAGUCAUCAAAUGAGGCUAGAUUACCUUGAGGCCGUCUCACUAAGGAUUCUGAUUCUUCACUGUGGUGGCUACAGGAUGGUUUGUACCAGGAGACCCUGUCGGGCCACCUAGCUCCAUUUCAUUCCCACCACUUGAAAAACACACGGCCCAAGAGGAUUGUUCACUGAGGUAGAAAGCGUGGUGGUCUGUGUCUACCCUCCACGGGGCUUGUGCGGGAGAAGCUGUCAGCAGAACGUGCCUGUAGACUUCUGCCUUAAAAGGGCAUCAGAUCUUGCUGAGAGGAGACAAUCUGAGCCUAUCAAAUUCAUCACCUAGCCCAGCCUCUUUCCCUAAUAUGGUGGUGCAUAGCUAGCACCUCAGGGAUUAUAAAGCCACCCAAAGCAACAGCUGUGCUUGGGGUCUUUUUUUUACCUGUUGAGGUUUUCAAACCAACAUGAAAUUUGCUACUGAAUUGUUUCAAAACACACACACACACACACACACGCAGUGAAGCGGCAAGACUCUAUGCAGACAACUACAAAGCCUUUCAUUCACAAAAGAUCAUGUUUUUAAAAGUAAAGGAAAAAAAGUACUUCGGGCAGUUACGAUUAUGCAAUUUUUUCUAAAAAAAUGACUGCAUAGCGGGAGGUCGAAAUAACCCUUCCUUUGUACAGCAUAUGAUAAAAACGUUGUAAAAAAUUUUCUCAAUUGGCUUGUUUGGGAGGGGAAAAAUGGCGGGGAGGGGGUUGGGACAACCAAAGUAACGUAUCCGCUCUGCAAAGAGGAAAACGACACUGGCUACAUGGCACGUGUUGGAUAUUUUUUCAAUCACAAGUGCAAUUGGGUUUUGAUAGAAUUGCCUUUGGAGGCCGACAAAUUUUUCGUAAGUUUAAACCUUAGUGGCUUUAAGUACUCGAACGUCCUCUUUGGGGUUUUGUUUUUUUUAAACAAUUAUGUUGCUCCGAAAGCAUCAAAGCAAGUCCAGGUCUCUUCAAGCGCAUGCAGAUCUCUGUAGAAAAAUUGAUCAGCUAACCACUGUGUUCACCCUGGAAUGGGUUGCAGCAAAGGGCCCUGAUUCCACUGUGACGAAUGUCCGCGUAGCAAGCCAUGGGGAAAAUAUGAGAGCGCCAUGCAAACGUGGCUGUGCUCUUGCGCAGGUGCCACUGGGUUCAGCAGGGCUUAUGCAAGAGGCGUUCCAGAGUGGAAUUGUGCCUGUCUGCCAUAGCUCAUGUGUUGUUUUUUUAAUCAUACUUACUAUGAAUAGAACCAGAGGACAUCUUUAAAUUUAUGCCUGCCCUUGAACUGUAGAUUUGCUUACCUGUUGUGCAAACAAGAUUCCAUUUGGGGGCUUAGUAGUAAAUGGAAUCAUUGUUUUUGAAGCUUUUAUUGUCUGACAACAUUCUUAUUGUAAAUAAUUAAGGUGACUUCAAUUAAUUUAUCUUGCAAGAUUUGCAGUGGCUGGGUUGUUUCUAGAAAGAUUUUGGAAUUAAUUUAAGAGAUACAAUUUUUAAUAGUCUUUCCAGCUUCUCAUUAUGACUCCUGCAGUUUUCUUAACCUAAAAAAAAAAUAUGUUGCAAUGAUGAACAAAGAAUUAUACAAAAAUAAUUAAACCCAUACUUUUGUAUCUUUAUUUUGGAAUUUCUUGUUCUAUUAUAAAUAUUGAAGUAUCCCUAUUUCAGAAGACAUAUUUUGUUAAUUGAUUGUACAUAUUUAAAUAUGUAUUUUUGCACAGGUCUUUUUUCUUAUAUCCAGUUUUGGUACAAUUGAAAUCAUCUAGUAUUUAUUAAUUAAAGAGGAAAAAAAAAGCAAAUACCUUUUUUAUAAUUUGAAGUGGUUCACUGCCAAGCCAAUUGCUAACAUGCCUCCUUUGCUGUUUUAAGGGAUUCCUCCGUUUUGGUAUUUGGGAGGGGGGAAGAGUUGUGUCCCUUUUAUUAACGUUAGUUGGGACUUGUGGGAUACAAAUGGAAGGCUCUUGACGUCGCAGUCCUGUGCCCACAGGAGCCACCCUUCCGGGGGGGAGGGGAAGGGGGAGGGCAGAGAAACUGUGUGAGGUUUGGUUGCAUAUUGUGGGCCUCAUCUGCUAUACACAACCUUGCUUACAGUUGCUCGAAUCCCAGAAGACUACAUUUAGUUGUGACACACUGCUUAUUUUUUUUUCUUUUAAACAUUUGUAAGAGUAUGUAUGUUUGUGUGUGUGUGUGUGUGUGUGAUCACAUGCACAUUCGCGUGAGUCUUUUAUGUGGUUUAAAACUAAUGGAAAAAAACUGAAAGUGCCUGAUUUAUAUAUCUAGAUUUUAAGCUUGGACUGUUUUUUAGACAGCUUCUCCUUUUAAGACUUGAAUGUUCAGUUUAAAAAAAAAAAAUUGGAGCUUGCUUUUCCCGCCUUCAUAUAACUUUCCAUUAAGGAGGCAGAGAGGAUACAGGGGAAUGAAGGAAAAGCAGAAGAUGGAGCUAAAGAUGUCCCUAUCGUGUGACCUGAUUCUAGAAAUAGCUUUUCAACCUGUAAAUUGGAAUGACCGUUCGUUCUUCUGACAUCAGCUGGUAUUACUCUCCCCCCCUUGCAAAAAAAGUUGACAUCUUUCAUGUUCCAGAAAACAAGCUACCCGUCAAAGCAAUCUUAGCAACCUCUUCCACACACAAAAGCCCCUGUGGAAGUUAUUCCGAUGAGGAUUGCAUAGGAGAAGUUCAUGAUAGGAUUCUGCUCCUAGUGGGAUUUGAACCCGUUAUCUUCCAGUCUAUUGUCUUCUGGCACGAGUUGUUGCUGCCAAGGAUUCUCUCACUUCCAUUUCCAUCUUUGGGAAGGGUGCGGGGGCGGCGGGGGGAGGAUGUAAGGUGGAGGGAACUGGGCUUGAAACAAUUAUUUUGCUUUCCUUAUGCAGAAAACCAGUUAUUUUAAAUGCUUUGUGCAAAAUAUUCUACUUUUUAUGGUUUUUUUUUUAAAAAAUGAGCACUACAUAUUGUCAAUGAGAAUGUAGGCUGUGGAAGCUUCUUGCUUUUGGACUUGAGCUUGGCUCUGUAGGGAGGGGGGGGAAGCAAUCUCCUGUGUAAAAUGUGUGAAUAGUUUGAUAAUUUGUAUACAUAUUCAAGAGCAUCUGCUCAGAGCUGAACUUUUGUGUUGGCUGCUGUAUAGUACCUGAACAAAUGUCAUGGGGUAGAAAAAAAAUUACUUUGGAUAUUUAAAAGAAAAUAAAUAUAUAGUCUAUUUGUUUUGUAACAAGUUUCUGUAAAUAAAAUAAUUUAUACUAUUUAUAAGAAAAAAAAA